GGGACGCUUCCUCGAUAACAACAGCUAGUUAUCCACCUCGUUAUCUUGCUAGCCAAAAUACCCGAAACAGUCAAGCUCUUUAGACACUUUCGGUGCAUCAAGCAGUCUGCGUUGAAUACACUUCUGUCGUAUCUAGUUGCCCCAUUUAAUUUAAUAUUUACGUUGUUAGCUGGCUGGUUAAGUUAGGCUAAUCGCUCAUGCGAACUAGUUACGUUAGCCAGCUAACAUCUCCGAUCAUGAGCUCCCUAAGCUACUCUCCUCCUGCAAAAGGAGAGGAGGUCCGCUGGACGGAGAAAGGCAUGUGGCUGAACAUUGUCGUGAAAGAGGAGAAGGAAGAGGAGGAUGUCACAGUAAAAGUAGAGGGUGAGGCUGUUACAGUGAAAGAAGAAGAGAAAGACGUUUCAGUGAAAGAAGAGGAAGACUCGUUCAGAGUGAAAGAGGAGGAGGAUGUUACAGUAAAAGAAGAGGAGGAAGAGAAAGAGGAGGAUGCUGUUUUUGGAGGAAUGAACGAGGGAGAGAUAAAUGGCACAUCGAAAGAGGAAGAGGAGACGGGAGAGGUGAUUAACGCCAGAGAGAGAUCAGACUCUCACUCUGACAGCGGGAAGAGUCCUUCAGGGGAACCAGACCCAGAGAUGCCCAAACCAGCAAGACAACAUCACUGUUCCCACUGUGGAAAGAGUUUUACCUGGUUAGGGUACCUAAAACAGCAUGAGAGAACACACACAGGAGAAAAGCCUUUCCAAUGUUCCCAGUGUGAAAAGAGUUUUACCGUGUUAGUCAACCUGAAAAGGCAUGAGAAACUACACUCUGGAGAAAAGCCAUUCCAAUGUUCCCAGUGUGGAAAAAGUUUUACCCGGUUAGGACACUUAAAAGAGCAUGAGAGGACACACACAGGAGAAAAGCCGUACCACUGCUCCCAAUGUGAAAAGAGAUUUUCACGAUCAGGGGAUCUAAAAAGUCACGAGAGGACACACACAGGAGAAAAGCCUUACCAAUGUUCUCAGUGUGAGAAGAGUUUCACCCAGGUAGGGAAUCUGAAAAUACAUAAUAGAAUACACUCCGGAGAGAAGCCUUACCAUUGCUCCCAUUGUGGAAAGCGUUUUACCUGGUUAGGGAGUCUGAAUUCGCAUGAGUGGACACACAGAGGAGAGAUGCCUUACCACUGCUCCCAAUGUGAAAAGCGUUUUAGCCAGUUGGAGCACCUGAAAUCACAUGAAAGAACACAUUCAGGAGAGAAGCCUUUCCACUGCUCUCAUUGUGGAAAAACAUUUUCCCAGUCAGAGGACCUGAAAUCCCAUGAGAGAAUAGAGAGGCUGUGUUCUAACUUAUGUUUUUGACUGGAAAUGUGUGUGUUUUUAAAUCAUAUUGUUUAUAAGAAA